AAAUAGCAGUGGACCAAGAACGGUGCCUUGGGGCACUCCUUUAGUAAGGUCUUUCCUUUCAGAUUUAACAUUUGAUAAAACCACUGUAACCUUCUUGUUCUCUAAGUAGCUUUUACAGUACCAUUUGUUUACAUCAUCAUCGAUGACUAUACUGAAAGGUGUUAGCAGAAUUCAGACGAAACGGCAUAUAGAAGAGAUGUAUAUUGUAAAAGAAAGAAGACUGAAGAAAGUGGAAGUAAAAAUAAAUGCAAGGAAGUGGGCAGAAGUGGAAAUAUGGCGGUGCAGGAGAAAAGUCUAGAUAAUUUCCUAUCACAGUGAAAGGAAUAGCGCAACGGACGAAGCAAGUCGAAAGAGAUACAACAGCCUAUUACAGUAGGAAAAAUUAUUUUUACUUCAGCGAACAGAGGAGAAUGGCAACCUAACCGUGCUGAUCCUAAAACCCGGAAAGGUAGGGAUGGAUGGGGUCAGGAUGGGUAUCAGGGACAUUCAUGAAACAACUGUCGUUAAAACAUUGAGCCCGACUAUAGAUGAAGCUGUGAAGAAGAAUGACAUCUUGCACCGAAUGUGGAAAAGACGAGAAAAUGCACCAAAAGAGAUAAGAAACGAUAACGUAAGGCGGCCGUGAGGAGCUGUUGCAACGCGGGCACUUUCAAACCGAACUGAACCCUCUGUUGUGUUCCAGACUGAAUCCGAAGAAUUAGUAGCUAAUAUACCGUUAUUGGUAGAUCUAAUGAGGGAGGAAGUGGAGAAGAGGAGAGAAUAUCUAAAAGAAAUGUGGUAUUCUAGAGAGAAGAAGCACAAACAAAGGAGGAAUAAAACAAGCAAGGGAGCCGUUUCAAAGGCAUAUCUCUAUUACUACUACUAAUACCACUGUUCCUUCGCUGUCAAUCUGUCAGUGUUAAAAUUUGUGUCAAAGAAUGACAUUUGACUGUUAAUUGUGAUAAGAGGGUUAAUCUAAAGAACAGCUACUGCCUGGGUAUUCAAAAUUAUCCACAUUAUGGCGUCAUUACGGAUUGUUCAUUGAGAACAUUGGUGUUUGCAUCCCCCUUACUGGCCAUCCGAAAUGAAAGCUCAUGAGUUCAGUGUUUAGUAAGGUUUCCUGACAAGAGCAAAGAGCAAGACCACACUACCUCUCAUGGGUUAGAAACUGCGGAAGGGAUAAAGAACCAAACAAUGGAUUGUGCAUAUGCAGCAAGCACUUUCUGCCAAAGUACAUUUUCAAACCUGCUAGCAUGCAGAGGACUCACCUGUCAGGAGAUGACUUUCCUUCUGAAUAUGAUCUGCCUGAAUACUUAAGAACCCAAGCCACCAGAAUGGCAGGCCGAUGGAGUGUAGUGACGACAGUGAAAUUCAUACAUGCAUACAAAUCCCACGAGUGUCUAUGGAACCCAAAAUGUGAUCUUUACCAUAUGAGAGACCCAAGAAAAGCUGCCUUUGCUGACCUAGUCUUCCAGAUGGGGAUGCCAGGUUUGGAUGUUGAUGCAGUUAAGGCAAAAAUAAGGCUCAUGCGUGCCAAAUAUCACAAUGAACUCAAGAAGGUACGCGCUGCCGCUGCAGUUGGGGAAAAAUACGCACCAUCUAGCUACUGGUUUGAUAUCAUGGAUUCAUUUCUGAAAGAUGUCGUUGGUGACAUGCCACAUUCACAGCCGGAUAUCAUCACAGCUGACUCUAUCAUUGACAGUUCAAGUAUAUAUGAAAAUGACUUUGGAGAUGAUGAAGACUCAAUGGAGAAGGCACCACCAGUUCUCAGCAUGAAAAACACGUCAAAAAUGACAUCUCUGCCCUCAACAAGUGUAACCUCUACCAGACGUCCUUAUCGCCCUGGUCCUGCAUGCAGCAAGAGGAGGAGGAGGCCCAAUCCGAUUAGUGUUAGGGAGGAGUAUGUCGAAGAUGAAUUUGAAGCUUUUGGGAAGAGUGUCUCUGCUCAGUUGCGUAAAUUGUCACUCAGCCGAGCGCUACGAGUGCAGACUGAAAUCCAAAAGAUACUAACUGAAGAAAAAAUAAAUGACAUUGGCAUUAUCACCAACUUGCAAGCUGUACCAUCACCUACACCACCAGAGCUAGUAGCACCCACUUUUAAGCCUGUGGCCUCUAUGUAUGAGCCUGUAGUAUCUGCAAAGUUGCCAGAAGUAUCUAGUUCUGACACAAAGGGUGCCAAUGUGGACAGUGGUUUUGAUAGUGGAGUAGAAAGCACCUCAACUAAAUCUAUCAGUGGAAGUACUGCAAGGUUUGAUGACAUUAAGACUGAAAGCAUUAAAGAUGAACCUAUUCUUGAGACAGAGGAAAAAAUGUCCACAUCACCUUCAGCUUCAGGAGAUGGCAAGAGCCUGCCAUUGCAGGAACAGAUGGAGGAAUUAAAAGCACCUGGUUGUGUACAGCCAAAAGAUGAAAUUAUUCAUAAUGAAGAGUGUGAAAUUGUCACUCUAGAUGAGGAUGACCCUCUGAAAGGCACUGGAGACUUGACUUAGUUGUUGCAGACACAUUAUGCUUUAUGUAUGAUAGAAGGAGAGAAAUGGGGACAAGAGUUGUUUUUUAUAUAUAGAUUUAAAAACUCCGCUUGAGAGAUCAGCAGGUAAUGUGAAAUAUUUUGCAUCUGAAAGUUGCACUGUUUUAUAAGACACUCUCCACUAAGGUGUCCAUUUCUUUUUGAGGGUCCUUGAAAACCUUAGUACUCCAGUGCACCAGAAUUUCCCAUAUUUUAUAGUUCCAUAUUUUGGUCACGUUUGUUCAUUAUUUAUGUAGCCUGUUGCCUGUACUGUUCCAGUUUGUAUGUGGGUCUUAUUCUGCACAUAACUCACAACUCAUAUUCUAGAAUCAUUGAUUUUUUUUCUUAACAAUUGUUUGAAUGUAUUAUGUAAUCUGUAUAUUGAAUGUUAUUCCUACUUUUACUGAGUGUUGAGUAAAAUUUUUUUAACACUCUUGCUUAAGAAUGGUUGAUUGUUGAACUUUCAAUAUAAUUACAAAAAGACCCCAUAUAUAUCUCGUGCUCAAGCUGUCUUUGUCUACUUGUGUUUGUCACCUCAAAGCUAUUUUAGAGGUAGACUGUGUAUUUACAUAACGCAAAUGAUGAGGAACCAUUUGCUAGCUAGAACUGUAUCUCAGGUGUAUUAUAACUACAAAAGUUCACUCAAGAUUGUUUUUUAAAAGAUUUUUAAAUAAUGAGACCAAGUUCUUAGCCAUUCUAUUUAGGAAUGCCAUGAUAAAUGUGUAUGUAUUUUGUGUGCAUGUGGAAUUUACUGUAUAUAUACACGAUUUAUGCAUUCUUGUGGGGUUGAUGAUAUAUGGAAAUAUGUAAACUGAUUGAGCCUGAACUAAUCUUUUUCUAAAUGAUGUUUUAAAAGACAUGUUUAGGAUACAUUUGAAAAUACAUGAGACACGUUUACACAAGUCACUGUCAGUUAAUGGGUUUCUCAGACCCUCGCCAGAAAAUUUCAUUUUUCAUUACCUGUAUUGGCAAUGAAAAGAUAUUGGGUUAUGUUUAUGUAUAAUAUGUUUUCUUAAGCAGAAUAGUCAACUUUUUUACUAGUUUAGAAAGUUGUUCAAUCUGAAACUGCAGCUUUCUUUAAGCACAAGAAAAACAAGGGUAAUUAGAAAAAUAUCAGUGCAAAAAUAGAGAAAAUAUGUGUACCAUGGAUGAAGCAAAAAUAGUUUCGUCAAUAAUUUGAAUAAAAAUGUUCAGCAUUAAGAAAAAUAAUAGGACUGAUGUUUCACACCCAGUUCCUUGACAGUGUAUCCAACGUACUAUUUAAAUAAGUAAUUUUCAUUGAUUUUUGAGAUUUAAAAAAUUUCUAACAUACUGAAAGAAUACAGUACAUAAAAUAUGUAACUGGAAUGCAAUGAUUUCAGGUUAUCAAAACUGCCAAUUCACAUAGAGGUGCCCUUUUAUACAUCUGGGUAAAGGAGUUGCUAAUAUAAAAAGAGUAGUUUUCGUCAAUAUGCUUAGGUCAAGUAGGGCCAAAUGUGUACAGAACUUUCAUAAGUAACAUAUUCCACUGCAAUGUAUUUUUUUGUAUGGUGCUUUUACGUUGCAUGGAACCAGCAAUGGGACCAACGGCUUUACGUGACUUCCGAACCACGUCAAGAGUGAACUUCUUUCACCAGAAAUACACAUCUCUCACUCCUCAAUGGAAUGGCAGAGAAUCGAACCCGUGACCGCCGAGGUGGGAUGCUAAUACCAUACCAACAAAGCCGCUGAGGUGCUUCCAAUGCAAUGUAGUGGUCCCAUUUUCCACCUUCAAUAGUGGGAAAUAAACAUCUGCUGGGGCUCAAGAGUAAGUUAACAAGGAAAUUGUUAGUGUGUGACACUGCAUGCUUCUAAAGGGGAAAAAUGCAUUAAAAAAUAUAUAAUAUGUGUAUAUACCUCCAUUUUGCAUACUUACAUAGAUGAAGGCCAGUGGGGAGAUUGGCCUUGGCCUCAAUGGUGGAGUUUAAUCCCAGUGGACUCAAGCAAUUGAACAUGAAAUAAAUAUUGUAGCUGCACUAUACUACAUAUCUAGAGAGCAUCAAGUUCAGUAAGUGCCCUUUCAAAUACAUGUAGACAGACAACAUAAAGUUUACUUAUGAUUAACAGAUUACAAGUUUGUUUUAUAAGUUUGAGGGUAAAACUAAAACCAGUACUACUAUGUAAGUAGAUGAAGCAGUUGUCAUAAUGAUAUAUCACAGAUGUUUUGCUUACCAUUGAAGUAUUAUUUUUGUAAUGAAAUAAAAAAAUAUUGUGGA